CACAGAAUUUCCUCAACAUCCCCUCCCAAAUUGACAUAGAACCUUCACAAAAACACAUGGAGCAACUGCAAAAAGAAAUGGCUGAGGAUAUACUAAAAUGUCUGAGUUCAACAAAGCCAACAACUGCUUCAUGUGUGCCACUGAUAAAGAACCUGGAUGUGGCCCAAAGACUGACUGGGUUAGUAACAUGUAAGACAAUUUAUGAUAUAACACAAUGGAUGGCUAAUUUGUCAUAUUGAAUUGAUAUUUGAUAUUAUUUAUAACGUGUUAUGCUUUGUUUGAAGUCAGGUCACAUGACCAAGGAGCUAUUGAAAUUCGAAGUUAAAAGAACGUUGUUCUUUGUUUACGCUCCCUACCGAAAUGAACUUGGAAUACAAAAUGCUGCUCACAUUUCCACAUGUUUAUUAGCUUUGGAAAGCGAAUUCAUGUCCAAAUCGUGAAUAUAAGACCUGCGCAAUGUUCUGCGCAAUUUUUCCAACAUCAUGACACUUAUUUGGAGUCUGUGGCUCAAGUGGUUUGAAAGCGCGAAUAUCCAACUUGAAACUGUUUUUACCUCGGUUAAGUAAUUUACGUAUCGGCUAAUCACAUAAUGUGUUAUAGCAAUCUGUCAGCCGAUGAGAGAGGGGUUUCGCUUUCUCAACUUUUUCUAUGUCUAAAAAGCAGUCUGAUCCUAUGACUUUCAUGAUAGAUAGGAUUUCCUGUAUUGUAUCAUGUUUUCACUAAACAAUUUAGCAAGAAAAACGUCAAUGUGCCAAACUUAUAUUUUUUUCCACAUUGCUUUUACAAGAAAGACCUCCCCCUUAACAAAUCCUUCAGUUCCCAAAGCUUUGCCAAGCUGUGUCUUUGUAGUACAGCACUUUGGCCAGCCUAAAUGAACCACACUUUAAUAUUUUUUUCUGAGGAUACAAACUCAUGGUAUAGUGGGUUAGCUGACAACGUUACGAAAACGAAGCGCACUCUUCAAUGGGGCAGGACAGUCUGUGAGUUGUGAUUCUGGAUGGCCAGAUCGCUACUAACAACCAUGUGGGGAAUUUUGCACACGCUUUGGUUUUGUUGCUAAACAACCAACCAGUCUAUGGGCAAACCCAACAACUAUCCCGACCAGAAACUACUGAGGCUGACUACAGACCAACACCUCACCACAUCAUUUUAUGGGAGUAACAUCAUGUUGGUUUUCCUGCUAUGGGCUUCACUGUUCCUCUCAAGCCUCCAAGAACAAAAUGGUCAAGAUGCUCCAGGUGUCCUGCUUUCUGGACCUCAGAAUGUGAGUGUGAAUUAUGACCUAAAAGACCAGAGGAUAUCUGUAACAUGGGAAGAUGACCCAUCUUCCUCCAGAGUACCGGACAAACUGAUUUAUGAUGUGGAGGUUCUCUUAACAGUCAAUAUGACUGAAGUACACAGUGAAGCUGUGGAUGUGAGACAAGCCCUCGCCAGCAGGAAAUACCACUGGAGUUGGACCUCGGCUUUACCCCUAGAGUGCACCUCCCACUCAGUCAGGCUCCGCUCCCGAUACCAGAACUACACCAGUCAAUGGAGCCCCCUACUGACCAUCACUGGGAGGGCCUCAUCACAUCCACAGGUUUUCCCAAAAAGCAGCGUGGUUCAAGUCAAUAGCAACUUUACUUUCUGCUGUAUUCUUGGGCCAGGGCAGAGACUUGAAUACAUGAAAUACAACAACAUUCCAAUGAACACCACCCACAUCAUUGACCAGAGUUAUGCCAUGGUGGUGCAUAUGCAGUCUCCCUCUCCGCCCAGUUGCAUCAAUGUCUAUUGUAAUUCACCUCUGUAUGGCACCUGUGUUUACGUGGGAUACCCCCCUGGGGACAGGAACCUUGUCUGUGAGACCCGGGACCUGGAGUCAGUGGAGUGUCACUGGGACACAGGGAGGGCCACCAACCUGACUAAACAGAGGAUGACUCGUUAUGACCUGAAUGGAAGAGCUUGUCCAAACAGAACAGUCUCAAACUGCUAUCAAACAGUACGAGUGGAUCAGGGGGAGAGGAAUUGGACAUUGACUGCCAGAAACCCGCUCGGCACACUGGAGCUCAGAGACACAGCAGACCUGAAGAAAAGAGUGCGUUUACUAGCUCCCAUGGAAGUGGUGGCUUCAGGUGUGAAUGCCAGUGUUCAGUGGCAGUGGGAAAGACCGCAGUACCAUAUACUAUUAAUGGUUUGCCAAGUACAGCUGAACCAGAGUGGGCACAUAGACGUGAGGAACUUUUCUGGCAUAGGUCUUAGGUCAGUAGUUUUACAUGGCCUAGCACCUGCCCAGACAUACACAGUGCAGGUGUGUUGUGGAUUGAAACAGCACUUCUGGAAAUGGGGCGACUGGAGCGAAAGUAGCACCUUCAAAACCGAAGAGGACAUUCCUGAAAUGUUAGAUGUAUGGAUGCAGAUUGAAGGGAACCAAACCAUGAUACUAUGGAAACCCCUUACAGUGAAUCAGAGUCAUGGGCAGAUCAAGGACUAUGAGGUAACCUGGGGAAGGCAGGAGACAAUUCUCCAUCCACCUCAGAAUGACUUUCUCAUCAGUGAUCGAUCCACUGAUGAGGGGCAUAGGGUCACAGUUACAGCCAAAAACUCUGCUGGCAGCUCCCUUCCCUCGAUCAUCAUUAUUCCUAGACUUCCUCACAGAAGUAAAAGCUCCAUGAAAAUUGUUGGCAGUGACGGUGGGUUUAACCUAUCCUGGUCCGCUAGCCCCAAUUCUAGCUGUGGCUACGUGGUGGACUGGUGUCCCACACAUAAAAAAUGCAGAGUGGAGUGGGUGAAGGUACCAGCUGGUAUAACCAGGGCCAGAAUCCAAUCAGCUAGCUUUGAAGAGGGGGUGAGGUACACACUCUCCAUAUUUGCCUGUACUCCAGGGGCUCCAGAGCUAUGGGAGAGAAGGGAGGGCUAUGUAAAAGAGUGCCUUCCAAAAGGACCGAUUCAGAGGUUGGCUGCAGAACAGCAUGGUUCGGACACGGUUCUGAUCUCCUGGACUGGUAUUCCCCCGGAGAGUCAGACAGCGUUCAUUCAUGGUUACAUCAUAAACUACUUUGAUACUUCCCAUCCUUCCAGCAUUUUCAAUGUGACUACAGAUGAGACUGGGGCCAAGAAUCUGACAGGCUUACCCGUCAGCUCCUACAGAUUCAUAGUGAAGGCCCUCACAUCAGUAGGAGAGGGCGGAGACUCUUCACCAGUCUUCCUCCAGAUGAACCCCCAGACUGAUCAGUUGAUCACAGUGAUUAUCAUUUCCCUGGGUUCAGCUGCCUGUCUCCUCGCUCUGGUCACCAUCUUAUGCUACAGAAACUGGAAAUGUGUGAAAGGGAACCUGUAUCCUAAAAUUCCAAACCCAGUAUGGAAGGAGGAAUGGUUGACACCACUGGAGAGCAAUGGCCACCAAAUCCACUAUGUGGAGCCAUGUCAACCCAGUGAGAUUGAUAUAGUGUGUAACCGAGAGCAGUCUGGAGAAGCUGUACUAGAUAACAAUGCUGGAAAGGGUGCCUUAACCAACACAAACUCCGAUGUCCCAGCUCUGCAUGGGUACUACAACCAGCUCCACACCAAGACCACUUCAGGACACUUCACCUUCUCUCCUCACACGAUGGCGACCCCAUUCUCUCAACUCUCAGGCACAGUAAUUCAGAACCCCUCAUACAACGUAGAAGUACAGGCUAGUUUAGACAUGGGACAGUCUGUGGGAUAUGAGCCGGAUAGGAACUCUUUCUCCUGUCCUAACCCAGAACUACACAACACCAUGUCUUAUGUGCCCUUUGAGACUGAUUCCCGGGGUUACAAGUUCCAGUGUCACAUAGAAGACAGCUCUCCUCUCCAGGAGUAGAGCUUCUGGGCAGCCCUAUUUCCUUCAGCUCCACUCAAUUCAUAUUUUUUGUUCCAGCACUAACACAGCUAAGACCACCAAUUAAGAUUUUGAUUGGGCCAUGAUUGCACUGCUGGAAAUAAAAGUGGCUUAUCAAACAGAAAUAAUUAACUGCUGUGCCUGUAUUUAUUUAAAUGCACUUCUCUCUGAUGACUUGAUAUGUUGCUUUAUGUGAAAUAUUUAGAUGACAGCAGAAAUGUUUUGAUAGAUACAGGAUGAGUAAUUAUGUAACAGUAAGUGUUGCUUCUGUCCUUCGCCCAAACCAGGGACCUUCUGCACACAUCAACAACAGUCUCCCUCGAAGCACCGUUGCAAGGGGUACAACUACUUCUAGUCUCAGAGCGAGUGACGUCACCGAUUGAAACGCUAGCGCUCACCCAACUAAUUUUAACUAGCUAUUUCACACCGGCUUUUUUUCUGGCAGCAUAUAGACGUUCGAUUGUGCGUCAAGAAUUCAGCAUAGCAAAUUUGUAUGAAGGUCCGGUUAUUAAAUGGGUAAAUAGUUCAAUUGUAAUAUGGUCUAAAACGCUCUGGUGACAAACUUUUACAAUUAUCAAACGUUUCCAAUUAUCGACAUGGCUGGGAGAACCUAUUCAAGUAAGUAAGGUAAAUACAUUUCGAAAAUGUAAAACAAAUAAAAAUUGUUACAGUGCAGGCUAACUCAAAUGAGCUAGCUAGUUGGCUAGCUAGACAUACUGUUAAGCGAAUUAAAUGUCACCAGUUAACGUUACCCAACUUCAUAUUAGCUAGCUAUCUUGAUGUAUUUAUCACUGUAAAAAAACAAACUCCAAAUGCCAUGGAGGAGGGUGAAAGGAUCAUUUUUAGCAGCCCCAACUUUCAAAGUGAGAGAGUAGGUUAUUCUGGAUAGGGCAGGUUCUUUUGUGUAGUUCCAGUCCCUAGAAGUGAGGACGGAGGUAAAAGUAACAUAAUAUUGAGUGUAGUGUAAUUUCAGUAUAAUGAAGUCUGUUUCUUGUGAGUGUUUCUGUCCUCAGAUAAAGAGAGCUCUGAAAGCCUGUCUACGGAUGAAGAGGUCCCAAAUGAAGAGCAGUGGUUCUCAGUCCUGGUCCUGGGGACUCAAAGGGAUAUCUUGUAAAUGGAGAUUCCUUCAAAAGGAUUGACUACAGUUACCGUGUAGGGAACUGCAAGGUUGAGUGACCAGGGCCAUCUGGGCCGCCUCCUGGAGGAAUUCAGGUGUGUGAAGGCUACCGGUGUCCUGCGUAACUUCAUGAGGAUGGACACGAGGACCGGGAGGGGGAUCUGCAGCUCGCCGGUGUGUGCCAGAGGAGAAGUCUGGUGCCCUGCAGGAUGUUUCAAGGAUGGGGUCCAACAACGCAGCAAGAGAAGCAUUCCGUGUGCGGGAGAUCUUCACCUCCUACUUCUUUGAAGAGGGUUCUGUUCCCUGGCAACACCAUAGACUACACUGCACAACCAAAGGCUCUUUUAAGAGCCAUCCACAUUGCAAUAAGAGUAUUCUUCCAUUUACUUAGCUAUGUCAACUGCAGUUAUUCAAUUCCCAGUUUCUCUCUUUGAUUUCUACUUCUCAGGUGUUGGUAAGGGUGUGAUGUCUACAAAAACAAAACAGGCUAUUUUAAGUCAUCCAUAUUGAAUAAAGUUUAAACAAUUAGACACCCUAUAACCCACACAUGUAUCAGUAUGAUUGAUGGAUUGCGUUGUGCAGUAAGCAGGCUCAGGUGUAUAACUGUGGCUCCUUCCACCUCCAAAGUAUAGGCAAGAGGGCAAGCCAUGGAGAAUAGUAAGACCAUAAAUUAUUUCUAGAAAUGCGCUAUAUUGUUCGUCCUCGUGUGUCCGUCCAUGUUUUUCAGCAUAAGGUACUAAUGCAGCCACUUAGUGUAGGCACCAGGUAAGGCCACACACAGAUUGUUGAAUACUCUCUUUAACUACCUUAUUUUCUCAACAGUCUCUCUCCUUCACUUCAUCCCGCUCUCCCUUCUCCCUAUAUCCUCUAGGUUAUAUCAGCUGUGUCAGCGAACCCCUCCCGCAUCUGAACUGGCUACUUAGAGGGCACAGCAUGAUCAGAGGUAUGUUUUGAUGUGAGAGAGGAUGCCAACCCCCAGUCCUGUCGCCACCUCACCCUCUCUAAAGAUAACCUUUGGGCCGACUGGGAGCCCAAGGCUGGUUAGGAGACACUAUUGUGUAAUUGUGAUUAACUGAGAGAAAAUGAUGGUAGCACUGUGAUUCAUUAAUCAUAUGCUGCCUUCCCAGCUCCUAUGUUCUUACCUCCUUCCCUUUUACACCUCUCUCACCACCUAUUUCUUCCUCUGUUUUUAUAAUGCACAACAGAUGUGCAUUGAACUACAGAUUAAACAUGUAUUUAUAAUAUUACAAUUAUAAUGUUUAUAACACUUGGACAAUUAACUUUUUUCAAUAAAGG